UGUUCAAACAUAUUGAUUGACAACACAGACGUACACAAACUAUGUCUUUUAAAUAUUUGUGUAUAUAGCUAUAUGUGAUAUGUAAUGACACUUAACUUCAAAAUGAACAAGACGAACCAAAAAAAAUAGAGAAAAAGAAGAACUACAAAAGACUUUAAUUGCACUACAUCGCCAUACAUUCGUUAUGUUUUUGGGAUAAUAAUUGCAAUGCCUGGUGAUUUUGCAGAUAGAAUUGUAACUCCUGCAAUGCCACUUUGUAUGGCUUAUUUUUGCUGUGUUCUCAACUUCAUAAUACCUGGAUCAGGCACUGUUGUUGCAGGAGUUUCAGUUUUUUGUUGUGCUGAAAAUGACGAUAUGGAAUUUGGGGAUAAAUGUACAUCGUGUUGUUGUGGUUUGGUGCUUGGACUAUUUCAGCUACUGUUUACAGCAUUUCUGCUCGUUGGUUGGUGUUGGAGCGCUAUUUGGGGAUAUUCCUACAUUGAAAUGUCUAAAAAACAUUAUACGAGGCGUACACAUCGAAGACGCAGAAUUCAACCUAUAACAUCGCAACCAGUUCGGCGUAGACUCAAUCAGCGACGUUGGACUCAACCAGAUACUCAAGAAUUGUGUAUUGCUAUAGUUUCACAGCCUAAUCAUCUAAGUUGUGACUCUCCGCCGCCACCAUAUUAUGAAGAGCACAGAGGAUUACCUACAGACUCAUUACGAACUGCCCCACCAUCUUACCAAAGUCUUUUUCCUAAUAGACCGUUAGGUUGAAAUUAAUGAGCUAUUAACAGAAGAAAAUUAUAGUUUGCUUUUGAUGAUAAGAAAGCUGGUUUUCAUCAUCGUCGUAUAGAACGCCACAGCAUCGUACUGUCAGCUCAAGUGCAACAAUAAUUAAAAAAAAAGAAGGAUGUACAUCUGAACCCGGAUGAUCGUUGAAUUCUCUAAGUGAACAAGUCAUAUCCUUAUCUACUUCCGAUUAUUUUACAGAAAUUUUGUCUGAGUCAUAACAAUUAGGUUUGGUAUAGUCACUAUUGCUUGCAUAUAUAUUGUACAAUUCAAGAUAUUAUUUAUUGCCAAACGUCCCGGUUUUUUUUGUCGAGCCUGCGACUUUUGUCGCAAAAAAGCUCGACAUAGGGACAAUCCGGCGGUGGCGGCGGUGUUAGCUAACUUCUUUAAAGCUUUAUAUUUUAGAAGGUGGAAGACCUUGAUGCUUUAUACUUUGUAUAUGGAUGUUACGAAGUUUCCGUCAGUCACAUGUCCAAUGUCCUUGACCUUAUGUUCAUGGUUCAGUGAGUACUUGAAAAAAAAGUUAACAUUGUUUGUAAUGUUAAAUUCUCUCUUAUAAUAAGUAAUAGGAUAACAAUAUUCGGGUUGUGGCGUUCCUUGCAAGGUCAUCAUGCCUGUCAGACAGUUUUCACUUGACCUCAACCUUAUUUCAUGGAUCAGUGAACAAGGUUAAGUUUUGGUGGUCAAGUCCAAAUCUCGGAUACUAUAAGCAAUGGGUCUUGUAUAUUUGGUGUAUGGAAGCACUGUAAGGUGAACAUGUCCAACUGGCCGGUGUCACCUGACUUUGACCUCAUUUUCAUGGUUCAGUGGUUAUAGAUAGUGUUUGUGUUUUGGUCUGUUUUUCUUAUACUGUAUGCAAUAGGUCUACUAUAUUUGGUGUAUGGAAUGAUUGUAAGGUGUUCAUGUCUAGCUGGCAGGUGUCAUCUGACCUUGACCUCAUUUUCAUGGUUCAGUGGUCAAAGUUUAGUUUUUUAGUUUUGGUCUUUUUUCUAAUGCAAUAUACAAUAGGUCAACUAUAUUUGGUGUAUUUUGAGUGCAAGAGAAAGACGUUUGGUUUUCUUUUUUUUUCUAGAAUACUUAACAUAUUCUCUUUUUCCAAAACCUCUUUCUUGUUUCCCCGAUACCACAUUUCCGAUGUUAUUUUUUGUUGUUGACAGAAAUCUGAACGUCUCCAGGAAAAAAAGGAGAGCGAAAUUGUCUAUAUGUCAGACAAGCAGUUGUUAUUUGACCUUGACCUCAUUUCACGGUUCUUUCCUCAGUGUUAAGUUUUUCUGUUGUGUUGUCACUUAUUCUUAAACUAUGCAUUGUUAGCUGUUCAUACCUGCGUGGCAUGGUUCAUCUGACCUUGACCUAAUUUUCAUGGUUCAAAGGUCAAUGUAUAAUUUUCUUUGUUUAUGUUAAGUUUAUGUAACAGUUGUAAUAAAGCUUUAUAUUUUAGGAAUAUCAACAUAAUAUCAAUGAUU